UAAGAGCGAGCUUCUGCUUCUGUUCACCGAGAACCAGCCGGAGGAGUAAACUAUAGGCCAAACUCAGUGUUUGCUACCAUUUUCAUCAUGACCAUUGAUGUCUACUUUCACCUUCUUCUUCAUCUCCUCCUGCCCUCCCUUCACACACACACACUCUUCCCACACUAGUAUGGAUUAAAAGCUAAAGAGGGCUGAGAAGUCAAAGCCUUCCAGUCCGUCCCUCUCUACGCAUUCUCUUACCUGUUGCCACUCCCCGGCUUGUUGCUGGAUCUAUUUUUGACCCGUCCAUACUCUGGAUCGAGGUUGCACCUCUUCUCAAGCGCCUUCCUUUUGCCCUGUGGUUUAGGGUCAGUCAGAGAAGAACUAAAGCAAUGUAGAGAUUUAUAAUUUGUGGUGUCAUCUUGAAGGAACCCAGUUUCACGAGGAUAUACGUUUUCCCUUUUCACUUUUUUGGAUUACAUUUGCUUACAGUCAAAGACCACAUUUAAGUGCUCCUGCAGUAUACACUCAAUACACCUGGAAUUUGGAUGGUGGCAAUCAUGACAUGGAUUCGAGGUAGAAAAACUGCUCCAGUGAUGGCUUGGGGUUGUGUAGUUGCCUGUGCAGCUUUGGACUAGAGCCCUGCUGAGUGUCAAGGAAGGGAGACAGUCCCUUACGCAAAGACACACACGAAAAUCCUUCUAAAGUGUCCACUCCGAAGCAACAGUACAGCUGUGUGAGAAAAUGGCCAAUCACAGAGACGCUCGCUUUCUGCACAAUCUGUCCUACCACCCACGAUGGCAGCAUGACUCAAAACAAGUCAAUAGAAAAAAACACAAAUGGACAGUGGUUACAAACAGCUGCAGUGGGUGUAGAGUAUUUGAAUCACCAUCAUCAUCAUCAUCAGCACCUUUGUUGUCGAACCCUAAGUGGCCAUCAUCCCCGGCACAUCGCUCCAGGAACUGGUGGGGGAACUGGUUCCUUCUGCCUUUACUCACUGUCUCAUUUAUGCCCUGUCAAGCCUGGGCAACCACUUUCAAGGUGGCCCUGGUUGGACCCUGGACAUGUGACCUCUUAUACUCUAAAGCCCUACCAGAUAUAGCAGCCAGUCUUGCUACAGCUCGCAUAAACAAGGACCCCCACCUAAACAAAGGCUAUUGGUAUGACUACACACUGGUCAAUGAGGAUUGCAAGGCGUCCCGUGCUCUUGCUCGAUUUGCUGAGCUAAAGGGUUACGGUGCUGCCUUCCUGGGCCCCGCCAACCCAGGAUACUGCUCCUCAGCAGCCUUGUAUGCAAAAGAAUGGGAUUUAGGGAUCCUUUCCUGGGGCUGCCUCAAACCCAACAUGCAACAAGGUGAUAUGUACCCCACUUUCUUGAGGCCGCUGCCGCUCCCCUCCCAUGUCCUCUUCACUGUGUUGCGGUUCUUCCGGUGGGCCCAUGUGGCCAUUAUUUCAGAAGAUACGGACAUUUGGGAAGCCACGGGACAGGAGCUGGCUUCAUCACUGAGGGUCCUUGGCCUACCUGUUAACCCUGUCGUAACCAUGGAAGCUGACAAAGAUGGGCCUCGCAGAGCACUGACAAAGAUACGGGAAGCAGACCGGGUCAGAGUGGUCAUCAUGUGCAUGCCUUCCGUACUCAUUGGUGGCCAAGCCCAAUAUCAGCUUCUGACCACGGCACUGGACAUGCGUAUGAUCGACCGCGGCUAUGUGUUCAUCCCUUACGACACCCUCCUGUACGCACUACCUUACAAAGACGCAAACUACUAUGCUCUUGGUAAUGACACUAAACUAAGAAAAGCAUAUGACGGGGUCGUCACAGUCACCAUGGACUCUGGAGAAAGUAAUUUCUAUGAGGCCUACAAAGACGCUCAAAACAGCUAUGAAAUCCGCAGCAGCACGCCACCGGAGGAGGUAUCUCCAUUCUUUGGCACCAUCUACAACAUGAUAUAUUACACAGCAAUGGCUGCUGAGCAGGCGCGGGCCAAGAGUGGAGUCUGGGUUACUGGUCAGAUCCUGAGCAACAGUGAAGGUGGCUUUGAAUUUGAAGGCUUUAAUCAGCCUCUGAGAGCUGGCAGGGGAGGAGAAGGCAUGCAGGCUCGCUACGUAGUGUUGGACUACAGUGGCAUGGGCACCUCUCUCUACUCCACUCACACGCUGGAUGCGGCUCAUACAGACGGCAAAAUAGGGAACUUGAAGUACCUUGGUCGUUCCAUCCAUUUUGCAGGAAGUACACCCUACAAAGACUCAAGCUGCUGGUUCAACCCCUAUUUUGCCUGUAGUGGAGGCGUGGAUUCAGUCACUUUGUUCUUUCUUUGCCUCUUGUUCAUGUCAGUUGUUGGUUGUGGAGUUAACGUCUUCCUUCAUUUCAAGAGAACCGGCAGAGUUGGCUUCAGCUUUGGAGGCGGCGAUAACGAUGGCCCGUCAAAGAUAGUUCUGACCCUGGAUGACCUUGUCUUCAUCAACACUCAAGUCAGCAAAAGGAAGAUCAAUGAUGAAAGUAUCCUGAAAAGCCAGCUGGAUAUGAAGACACCUCACCACUCGGUGUCAGGUCGCAGCUACAUGGCCUCGUCACCUGACAGCUCCAAUGUUGCCGUGUUUGAGGGAGACUGGGUUUGGUUGAAGAAAUGUCCAGCUGGAUCGGUUUCAGGUGUCAACAGCAGCACCGAGUUUGUCUUUAUCAAGCUCAGGAACAUGAGGCAUGAGAACCUCAAUCUGAUCCUGGGGCUGUUCUUUGACUCUGCAAUAUUUGGUAUCGUGACUGAGCACUGCUCCAGGGGCAGCCUGGAGGAUCUGCUCAGCAAUGAGGAUGUGCGUCUUGACUGGAUGUUCAAGUCCUCCCUUUUAAUGGAUCUGAUCCGGGGAAUUAAGUACCUACACAAUCAUGACAUCAUCCAUGGACGACUCAAAUCGCGCAACUGUGUGGUAGACGGGCGCUUUGUGUUGAAGGUGACAGAUUACGGAUACAGUGAAAUUUUGAUCGGGCAAGGCAUCGACACUGACGAGGAGAAGCCAGAGAACCUGCUCUGGACGGCUCCUGAGCUGCUGCGUAGCCCUGUACUGAUGAGGAAGGGGACGUUCAGUGGAGAUGUCUACAGCUUCUCCGUCAUCGUGCAGGAGGUCAUAACUCGCUCGACGCCUUUCUGCAUGCUGGACAUGCCUCCUAAAGAGAUUGUUAGCAAGGUCAAAAACCCUCCACCUCUGUGUCGGCCUACUGUGUCAGUGGACGAGGCUCCUCUGGAUGUGAUUCAGGUCAUGAAACAGGCCUGGAGUGAAGAGCCAGAGAAGAGGCCGAACUUUGAGGAUAUCUUCAAACAGUUCAAGAACAUCACCAAGGGAAAGAAGACCAACAUCAUCGACUCUAUGCUGCGGAUGUUGGAACAGUACUCCUCCAACUUGGAGGAUCUGAUCAGGGAGAGGACCGAGGAGCUGGAGCUGGAGAGACAGAAGACUGACAACCUGGUCGCUCAGAUGUUGCCCAGGUCGGUGGCUCAGGCACUGAAGACGGGCAAACCUGUCAAACCGGAACAUUUCAGCGACGUCACGCUUUACUUUAGUGACAUCGUGGGCUUCACCACCAUCUCCGCUCUCAGUGAACCCAUCGAGGUGGUCGACUUGCUCAAUGACCUCUACACACACUUUGAUGCAAUCAUUGGGCUGCAUGACGUCUACAAGGUGGAAACUAUUGGAGAUGCUUACAUGGUGGCUUCAGGCGUCCCCACCAGAAACGGUAAUCGCCACGCGGCUGAGAUGGCCAACAUGUCCCUCGACAUUCUCCACUGCAUUGGGACGUUCAAGAUGAGGCACAUGCCUGAGCUAAAAGUCAGGAUCCGCAUUGGGCUGCACUCUGGCCCAGUCGUGGCAGGAGUGGUGGGUCUUACAAUGCCUCGGUACUGUCUGUUUGGUGACACCGUCAACACAGCAUCUCGAAUGGAGUCCACAGGGUUGCCUUACAGGAUCCAUGUCAACCAAAGCACAGUCGACGUCCUGAACAGCUUAAAGCUGGGGUACAAACUUCCGGUCAGAGGCAUGACAGAGUUAAAGGGAAAAGGCAUUGAGACGACGUAUUGGUUGGUAGGGAGGGAAGAUUUCAACAAGCCUCUUCCUAUUCCACCAGACCUUCAAGGGGGAAGCAAUCACGGUAUCAGCUUAGAUGAGAUACCUGUCGACAGAAGACAGAAAUUCCUGGAUCGACAGAAGGCAAUGGGCUAGACUGUUUUUUUUUUUUUACGCUGAAACCCCCAGACUGACAAAGUGAAAUGUCCUAGAGCUACAAUUUAAAUUGAAAACACUGGAAAUUCAUGCUUUUUUUUCUUUUCAUUUUUUUGGGGGGAUUAUUCGCAAUCAUAUCUAAAUUAAAAUAAUCUUUCUUGGAGAUUAUCAUUCUCUUUAGUUUGUGCCAUGACAAACCCUGGCUCCAGCAUGCAAAAGAGCCAAAAAAAGAGGUAACAGUCCUUAUUUGUGAACAAACACACCAUGCAUAAUACACCAUGGCUGAUUUACUCGUCCAAAAUGUGUUGGCGCCGACGACACUAACACAAGAGGGAGGCUAUGAAGGAUGUGUGUAAAAGAAAGGAUCACAGCGUGACAUGUAAUACUGGUGUACUUCAUAUACUGUGUGUAUUUGUACUGAUCUUUGUGCUUUGUGGAGAUACUGGAGAUAAUAUUUUAUCACCAACGCUCCAGGGGGGGAAGCUAUUACUGCCGGACUAUUCAUCUCUGGUAUAAUAGAGUCUACACUGCAGCAACAUUAGCCUUUUUGCAACAACACAGCAUUCAUUUACGGAAGCAUUCUCGUGGUAAUUUAAGCUGCAGGCGCUGGAUUGGUCCAUCGCGUGGUUUUUACUUUUGUAGUGCAUCAAAAACGUUAUUGUACAUAUUUAAACAACAUUAUUAAUCCAUUACUGUGAUAGGCCUGUUAUUGUGUUGAUUUGACGGAGAGGUCUGUUUCUUUCUAAUCACUGUGCUCCUGUGUAGAUGCAUUUAGAAAACGUAAACGUCAUAAUUGAAUUAAUUCAAACUAAAGAAAGCGAGUUGUACCCAUAUAACAUAUUAACUUUAGUUAUAGAACCUAUUGGGUGUGAGGUAUUUAUAAUCCCUGAAGAGACACAUCAAUAUGGUGACUGUUCUUUAAAGAUCCGGUGUGUAAGAAUAAGUGACAUCUAACUGUGAGAGUUCAGACUGUAACAAAGAGAGGACUUUUUUCUUUUUUUUUAUCAAGCGUAUCAGUGAACUACAGUGGCCUUCACGUAACCGACAGGAUGUUGUUCUCUUUUAUUUGCGUAGAAAGCUUCCGCUUUAAAAUGCGAAACAUGCGUUCUGGCUGGUUUGUUUCGUUUGGGAUGCUGUGGAAGAAAGGCGGCACAAGAUAAGGCCUCAAAAAAAGCAAGGCCCUUGCUUAACCCUUAGAACACCAUUUCCAUUACUAUGUUGAAAUGUAUAUACAGAGUCUAUAAGAAUGUGCAGUAUAGAGUGUCUGAUAUCCUUUUCUUUACCACAGCAUAUAGACAAUCUGAUUAAAUUAUUUUUUUUUCAUUUUCAUUUACUAUAUAAACACACCUGAGCAAAAUGUACACCCAUUUUUAAUUUGAGAAAUGUGGAAAUGCAUUACAGAUUAGAGUUGGCUUGGCUUAUUUUAGGAACAAAAUUGCUUGCACUAAGGGUUAAAAUACAUAUUAAAAAGCCAGAAAAAACUCAUAUUUCGGUGAAUAAUCCCUGCUAAAUUUUACUCACUGUACCUUAAAACAACAGUACGGAAGAGUGUUUAAAAAAAAUUGAAUGAAAAAAACAGCAUGAAUUCUGAUCUUAAAGAUUAAUCUCUUUAAUCUUUUAUCCUCUCUUUAAUCUCAUCAAAACAGUCAUGCUAUUUUCUUUUCCUUUCUUUCAAUUUUAUUUUUUUUUUUUUAUUAUUAUUUUGUGGCACUAAUACUCUUCCGUACAACGGAAUUAUGAAUCUCUAAUGAUGGUACAAAACACAGUAUGACUCCUAACAUUUCUCACCAAAGCACAGACACAUUGCUCAUUGAGAAACUGGAAAAUGCAUUAUCACGAUAGCUCCGCCCACAGUAUGAACAUGGAGCUGAUUGAGUGAAACACGCUGCUCACGUGGCUGCAUGUGUUACACAGCAUGAUGUCUGUCUGGUCCUCGCCGGACAGCAAUAGGAAGUGACAAACGUGUCUGCUCGGCACUAACAGGCCGCACGUCAGCCGACUGAAACAAUCAGCCUCCGAUAAUGUGCUUCAGCAAACUGAGCCUUUUCAUAUGUGCAUCGCCAUGCGCUAAAGGAAAAGGUCCUGGCUUUGUCUGACGUCCUCUGACCUCUGCUGUCGUUUUUGGAUCCACCCUCAGGGAAUUCUGGCUGAAUUUUGCAGAGCAUAUGGAGGAGGAUUUUAGCAGAAGGAGGGAGGACAGUGUCCUCUGAGUCAUUUCUUUUUGUGUACUGUAUAUACUGUAAAUAUGUACAUAGUUGGUCUUUGCGUCCUUUAAGGAUAGAGACAUGUUAGCGUUGCUUUUUCUGCUUGGGAUCCUUAAACCUUUAACAUAAUUCACAUUAUUAUUUACAGCAGUAACAGGCAGAGAAUGCGAGCGUGUGAUGUUCCUUAGUUUUUCAGUCUGCAGACGUUUUCUUCCCCCGAGAGCUCAGUGCUCAUCACUCACUCCUCUCACGUGCACCGACGUCUCACAAGACAAAAAACAUCGGGACAUCUGAUGACUUGAUCAUCAGGUUGCUUCUUUUGUGGUGUCGUCUUUCACACCAUUAAGUGUUUAGCACCAGGACUGGCUCUUCAUGCACAAUUAAACUCCUGAGGAAGAAGACGUGGGAAGCUGCAUUUCUAAAUUCCAAACGAAAUCUGUAAUGUCAGUGGACAUAGAUACAUGACCCAUAGAUUUUUAAUCACUUUGCCAAAUAGAUAGAUGAUAUUAAAACUUGAAAAAUGGAAUGUAUUGCUCAUUUAACUGCGUGUCUGUAAAUAAAUUGUGGUUUUCCUGUAA